UUUGAAACAGUUUUGAGUCAAAACAUUCAAACGAAACUAAGCAGAGCAAAUAAAUAUUUGGAAAGAAUGUCCUUAUUUGAAAACAUAGAACAUUUGAAAUUGCUAAGGAAUCUCUUGAACCCCGAGGAUUCUAAGGAUGAUGCAUCCGAUUUGGAGGAGGAAGGGGAACCAUUGAUAAAGCAGAAUUUGAAUCCUGGAAACUUGGGUCCUCCACAUGCCAAGGCAGCUGGAGAGCAAACAAAAACUUUCAACUCUCCCUAUGCUCCUUUGGAGGAGGAUGACAAAUUAAAGUCCAAUUCCAAACAACCCUCCACCGUAGACGAAUGGCAUGAGCAACAGGAAAGGGAAGAUGUUGAUAUCCUGGAGUCACGUAAAUGUCCCGAAUACACAAUGACCUAUCGUCAGGCUGUGGGAACGGAGGACAUCUAUCUUGCAAUGGGCAAUCGAACCAAUGCCUCGGCAAGCUGUGAAGAUUUGGUUGUGGAAAUUCUCCUACCCGGCGACUCAACACCUGCCGAUAAAAUGCAGCUAUCAAUAACCACCACCGAAGUGGAUUUGGCAACGCCAAUUUAUCGCCUAAAGUUGCCCCUGAGCCAGCCGGUGAAUGUGGAUCGCUGCCGGGCCAAAUACGACAAGGAUAUGGAAAAACUUACGCUGACCCUGAGAUUACAACGAGAAUUGGAUUUCGUAAACUUUUGAAGUGGCAAUAAAUGUUUGGAUGUUUUUUUUCUAUUGGUCCUUUUAAAUAAAAAAAAAAA